AAAAAAACUCAUAAUCAGCCACCUUUUUCUUUGUCUGUUUCACAACUGGAAUAGUCCAAGUGGCUAAACGCCUGAACUCUUAUUGCUUCUUCCAAUCCCCGCGCUCCUUUCUCUUUCUCUCUUCUCUCUACUUUUGUUUGCUGGCUUUGGUCUCAAUUUUAGCUUCAAAAAUUGGCUACAAGUUACUAACUUUGAUAAAGCUUUCUUGUCCCUUUGAUGAUUUUUGACUGUUUAUGCUCUUCAGCUUUUUAUGUUGAUUAAUUUGAUGUGGGUUUCUUUUGCUGUUGCUGCUGUUGUUUUCAACUUUGCUGCUGGGGUGAUUAGAUAAAGCCUAUGGCUUGUGGGCGUCUAGGAAUCCAACAAUUCUCACUUUAACGCUUCUAUAAUGCUUUGUUGCCGACUUCUAACUUCUAAUUGAAGAAGUUUGCGAUCAUGACCUUAUUAUAAAUGGUCGGGCAGAGAGGUUUUCCAACCCCAUUCAUGGACACUAAUUCACUUGGUACUCAUAAGGAUCAAAAAGAAAAACCAAGUUUUCUCACUGAGGUUACCAAUGUAGAAAAACAGUUGUGGGCAUUGAUUCUUGCCAAAGGUAUAUUGCACUCUGAUGUUCAAGCCUUGUACCAAAAAGUUUGUAGUAGUUACGAGAAGAUCGUCCUUGAUGAUCAUGAAGUGGCAGAACUUCAAGAUGUUGAAUAUUCUUUGUGGAAGCUUCACUAUAGGCACAUUGAUGAAUUUCGUAAAAGAAUAAAGAAAAAUUCAACUAAUGAAGAGGCGGCGAAAUCUGUUUCAUUGCAUAGUGCUGCAAAGAGAAGCAAUGACAAUGAUGUAGAAGGAUUUAAGUCAUUUUUGUUAGAAGCAUCUAAAUUUUAUCAGCAUUUGAUCAGAAAGGUGAAAAUAUAUUAUGGGCUGCCAGAAGACUUUUCCUUCUGUAGAAAGGAUGGAAAUUCUGUAAAUGUUGAACCAAAGAAAAUGCAAAAACUGCAAUUUUUAUGCUAUCGCUUUCUAGUUUGUCUUGGGGAUCUUGCUAGAUAUAGAGAACAAUGUGAAAGGUCAGAAGCACAAAAUCGCAACUGGUCAGUUGCGGUCACACAUUAUCUGGAAGCUACAAAGAUUUGGCCACACAGUGGAAACCCCCAAAAUCAGUUGGCAGUGCUGGCAACAUAUGUUGGCGAUGAUUUCCUAGCUUUGUACCACUGCAUCAGAAGUUUGGCUGUUAGGGAGCCUUUCCCUGAUGCCUGGAAUAACCUUAUUUUAUUAUUUGAAAGAAACAGGUCAUCUGAUUUAACUUUUAUUUGUAAUGAGGCCCACUUUGAUUUCUUAAAUCCUUCUGAAAGUACCAUUGGAAACAACUCUCAAUCAACUAAUGAUCCGUCAAAUUGCAAGACGGCGAAAGCUGAACAUGAGGGCUCAAGGGAAACACAUUUAUGGCCUGUUUUCAUUAGAAUGAUAAGUUUCUUUUUCAUAAAAUCCAGUUUAGAGGACUUCCCUUUCACUUUUGCAUCUACUAUAAAGGAACUGGAUGCAUUGAUGGCACUAGAUGAUGAAAAACUAAAUCUUGCAAUGGAGUCUUAUCAGCAUAUGGAUUCAGCUAGAAGUGGCCCCUUCCGGACUCUUCAAGUUGUCUCGAUAUUCAUAUUUGUCAUUGAGAAUCUAACAAACAGCCCAGAAGCAAGAGAUUCAAAGAACAGAAAUGGUAGACAACAGCCUGAGUUGACAAGUGAUGCAUUGACUGCUACAUUCAUUUUUAUGGGACGCCUUGUCAAUAGAUGUUUGAAGGCAAAUAUCUUGUGCUCUUGUCCUAUCUUACCAGCUUUGCUUGUUUUUUUGGAGUGGUUAGUGUGCAUUCUUGAUGAUGCAGAAAUAUAUGGAUCUAAUGAGAAAAGUACAAGUGCUAUGUCUUACUUCUUUGGUACUUUUCUUGAACUUCUAAAGCAGUUUGAUAUUAUGGGUGAAGUCAAGCCUCCGGUUAGUGUUGCUCUUUGGGAAGAUUACGAGUUGAGGGGCUUUGCACCGUUAGCUAGUUCUCAUGCAUCAUUAGAUUUUUCAACUCAUUGGGGGCAUGCAGACAGUUAUAAAUGUGGAGCUGAGUAUCGAGCUCACCGCAUUAUUAAUGCUGCAAUCAAGAUUGCAGAUAGAUCAAGCAAUAACCGGAAGUGGAUUUUCUAUGAUAAAUCUGGAAGAAAUUUUUAUGCAGCAGAGUCAAAUAAAUAUCCAUACACGAAAGAAUGUGAAAAUGCAGAGUCCCCUAGUUCUGUUGUCGAAGUGAAUGAGUCUCAUCAGAAUAUUCAGGAAAUGACAGAAGAAUCUGACAAAAUUGAGGAGAAUCCGAGUGACUCCCAACUGAUUAGCAAAUCUCUUGCCAUGGAGGAGGAAGAAGUCAUUCUCUUCAAGCCUCUCACGAGACACAACUCUGCACCACUUUACAGUGUAAUCACUACUAUUGAUCAAACAACUCCAGCAGAUGCAGUGGACCAGAUUGUACCUGCUGAUGAAUGCCUGCGACGUGCUACUUCACUGCUAAUAGCUCAAAAUCAGGCCCAGGGAAAUGCUUCAACAUUCCAUUCUGAUCUCACUAAUUUCAGGCGCAACAAGCCAUUGCAACAUCAGGAGCCUCUUGUAAAGGAUAUGGUAGCACAACCAUUUUCAGAAGCCUCUAUCUCUUCUGGGGUUCCCACUUUCAGCACUCCAAUAUCUUCUGGACCACCUUCACUCAAUGCUUGGGUCCUCAAUAGAGGAAGUUUGAGCAAUGAUAGAGCAAAAGGUAAAAGAGAUCUGAAUAAACCUAGCAUGCCUCCUAUUGAGGAAAUAGCAUCUACGUUCUUGAAUUAUCUCUCCAUCAGUGAUGCUGAGAACUCUGCAAUCAGUUCCAGGCAUGAAUCUGCGACAAUGCACAACUAUUCUCCUGCUUAUUCAGCUCCACUGCCUUCUGCUCCAUUUCUUCCUGAUGAUGCUAGUUGGCUAUCUGGCAAUCAGUCCACAUUCUCUGACUACGGUAGCUCAGGAAACAUCAACAGAACAAACGAUUCCUUUGAUGUAUCACUAAUGAAUGGAUAUUCAAAUUGGACAGGUUCUUAUCAGCCAAUUGAUUAUGGUAUUUGUAUUCCAGCUUUCACAGAUGGUUAUCCACCAUUGCGUGGAAUGACUUCUUCAGAAUGGCUUCGGCAGUACAGGGAAAAUCAUAAUCGUGAAUGCACUCCUAGUCAUGGAUGGUCAGCACUUCCAUUUGCUGCUGCAAACACUGGAAAUUUUUAUGGUCAUGACAUGUCUAGGUCUGGCGUCUUUGAUCAAUUGGGAGCUCCUUUGGCUACUAGCCCAUUGAUGUAUCAGGAGAGCCCACCAUUUUACUCAGGUUAUCAACCUGCUUAUACUGCUGUCGAACAUAGAAGGGAGAAGCUCUAUCAUGGUUAUCAAAGACCAAGCCCUUACGGGUGCAGUGGUGUGACUGAGCCAGAGCCUCUUUUGCAGUAUCUAAAGGAGAAAGAAUGGCUACUCCAGCAAGAUCCUGCAUUGAGAGGUCCCACGUAUAUGGGAAGUUAGAAAUUCAUAUGGAAGAGUCAAAUAUGAGCAUUCCAUGUAGCUGUAGCUGCAUGUCUUUCGUGGAAUCUCAUCCAGCACACAAUGAUCUAGUCUUGCCUUAAAUGUUCAUUUACAGAAGUUUAUUUGUCUUUUAGAAGGUAUGUAUAGUUUGUACAGAUAUCGUAUGAUAAAGUCAGAAUUCGAAAGAAGAGCCUAAGAAAGUCUAUAGAAAAUUUUCUGCUGUGUAUUAAUCAAUGAUCAUGUAACUAACAUCCAUUUUGAAUUAUAACAUCAAUCAUCUAAUUCAAAUUCAGCAUGUGUUCUUUUUUUA